ACUCAGUGUUUGGCAUAAAAGAAUUAUGGGCCACUUGGGACUGGACUCUGCAAAGGAAGGGUGUGUAUGUGUAUAAGGCACAUACGACGAGUCUAAAACAGAGGAAGAGCUGAGAAACAUACAGCUUGAGCAAAACAUGUCUCAGCAGGGGGAGGGAGAUGAGGGCACAAUAAAGAGGCCUGAAGUGAAAGCAGAUGAUCUGAUUGGUGCAAAGGAUAAACUUGCCUCUGGGACAGAGGUGAGAGGCAAGACCUUUGAAGUAUUGCAGGAAUGCGAACAAGCUGGGAAAGUCGCUCCAUCGGUGUUCAGCAAAGUUCGCUCAGGAUCUGAGACGGCGUUUAACAAACCCACCAAAAGAAAGUGACACCAUCUACACGCUCAAUACUUCUUAUAAAGCUCAAAUGAUGUAACAUAUGUAACAUGCUGUUCUUAAAUACUUCAUGUACACUUAAUACUUUUCAGAAAAAAAGGAACAAAAAUUAUGACUGGGGUGGUAGAUUUUCACACUUUUGUACCUCAAAGUUACACACUGGUUCCAUCAGUGUUGGGGGUAACCCAUUACAAGUAACGUGCAUUACGUAAUAAUAUUACUUUUCUAAAGUAUGAGUAAAGUAACGCAUUACUUUUUAAAUGUACACAUAAAUAUUUGAGUUACUUUUUUUUUUAAUUCAUUUGAUUUAAAAAAAUUAUGUAUUGAAUUAAACUAAGUGUAGUCACAUUAUACACUCUGUGCGUACACGCCUGUGUGGGAACCGUUUGAGUCAGAAACUAAGAUGGCAGGCCAGACCUCGACAUUUUUGUGAUGAAAUAUGCAAUUUCUGAAUGCAGAACUUUUCAGUCAUAAUGCAAGGCCUGAAAGAGAUCAAGCCUCAGCCAAGAAAAAGUAACGCAAAAGUAACUAAAAAGUAACGUAAGCAUUACUUUCCAUGAAAAGUAACUAAAUAACGCAAUUAGUUACUUUUUUUGGGAGUGACUCAAUAUUGUAAUGCAUUACUUUUAAAAGUAACUUUUCCCAACACUGGGUACCAUACCAGUUUGGUAGAGAUAUGUACCUCUAAGGCAGGGGUGGGGAACCCUGGUCCUGGAGGGCCACUGUCCUGCAGAGUUUAGUUCCAACCCUAAUUAAACACACCUGAAAAAUCUACUUAAAGUCUUUAGGAUUAUUUGGAAAUGAAAUUCAGGUGUGUUUGAUUAGGGUUGGAAAUAAACUCUGCAGGACAGUGGCCCUCCAGGACCCAGGGUUCCCCAUUGCUGCUCUAAGGUAUACAUAUCUCUACCAAAAUGGUACCCAAAAGUAAAAAAAAUCAUAGUAGGACAAAAUAAUACUAUGGAAGUGAAUGGGGCUUAUGAUCGGUUUGGUUUGAAACAUUCUUCAAAAAAACUCAUCUUUUGUGGUCAUCAGAACAAAGAAACUCACACAGGUUUGUAACAACGUGAGGGAGAGUAAAUGAUGGCAGAAUUUUCAUUUUUGUGUGAACCAUCCCUUUAAGACCAUUUUAAAAGGUACCGUUCCAGAGAUAACUUUUGUACCUUUUUUUCUGACAGAAUACUUAAAUACCAUUUCACUAGUUUGAGAUUUUGCAUAAACACUUUCUUAGGUAAAGCCUGAUCAUAAACUUGCACUAAAGUACUGUAUUUACUAAUAAUAACAACAUUUAAUGUGGAUUAAUUCGGGCUGACAUUUUAUGAUUGUCAAUAUAUAUGACAUACAAUAUUGUAUGUACUUUUGUAUUCUUAUUAUUUGACACUUUCAUGUGCUAAGUAAGCUGAUAAUGGGUGACAAACAUGCUUGUAAAUAAAUUAUUUCUACAAUACUGUUGUAACCCCAAACUUUUGCUUUUGUGUGAUACUGCACCCCUGCUUAUAAAGUCCAAAACACUAUCACCAAAUAUAUAAUUACUCGGGGCACCUUUAAGAAAUGUUUUUGUUUUAAAUUGCAAAGUAUAUAAACCGUUGAUUGUGUGUGACAAAAAUGAAAUUUGUAAUUUAAUAAAAGAACAUUCAUGUUUAAUUCAA